GGUAUUUCUAACUUUAAUCUCCGAAUCCCGAUUUUUUUUUCUCAUAGGUUAAAAAUCAGAAUUAUUUUGCUUCUCUGUUUUACCAGUGGCCUCAAUCCUCCCGAAAUAAUCUGGAUUGGAUUUUUACUGUAAAUUUUUAUUUAGAAGUUUGCCCCCUGUGAAGUCCUUGGGUAGCCCUGUUGAUUGUUACCAUGGUAACAGCAGACAGUCGCCGUUUCUUCAGUGUUUGACACGUUUUUAGGCAUUUUUAAUGAAUAAAAAGUAAUACAAGAGGUGACUAUUGAUACAAAACUAUGUCGGAGUCGCUAUGCAGGUGGAUGAACCAGAAGCUGCGUUUGUCAAGAGCUUUAGAGUCCACAAAGUUUGCUAAGGAUUUUUCUAAUGGUUACCUAAUUGGGGAAAUUCUUCAUAAACAUGGGAUGCAAGAUGAUUUUUACUUGUUCUUGAAGAAAAAUACCUCCAUUGCCAAAGUGAGCAACUUCAGACGGCUUGAGCCUACCUUAAAGCAGCUGAGGAUCUCCUUUGACUCAAGUAUAGCUGAAGACCUCAUGCGGGAGAAGGAAGGUGCUGCCACACGCCUUCUUUACCAACUCUACGCCUCACUUGAAAAGGACGCUGAAGUCAGUAGUGCUGUGAUGAAAACUCCCUCUGUCUUUACUACUAAUCAAAAGCCUCCACAGGAGGUGAAACCUCACGCAGGCCUGAAACUUCCAAAACUGUCCCAGCCCAGUGAGGAUAAAUGCCACCAAGUUGAAUUCAAUAAUUUGAUCCCACCCUUCAAGCAAACGAAACCACUCAAAGCUCAAGAUGAGACAUCCAUGAAAAGUACACAAAAAGUGCAACAGACUUUACACCAAACUGAACACAAAUCUGUGAUUCCACCGAUCCAGCAGAGGGAACCACUCAUAAUACAAUAUGAGACUGGAAUGAAAAGAAAAGAAAAGGAAGUUCAGACUGAAAUAGUCCAGUUUGCGGAAAGUAAGAGGAAGCUAGGUGCUACUGCUUCCAUGUCAAGUAUCUCUAGUGAUCGGCUUUUCCGUGAUGCUUUCCGUGGUGGCAUCACAGAGCGCUGUAAAGUUCCUGGAAGUGGGAAUGAGUCGAGUUUCCAGUUUAAUACCAAGUACAUUCAGGGGAUCCGACACAGGCUGGAUGAGGAAGCUGUUGCUUCUGAGCAGAGAGAAAAACACAUAAGCAACUUCCUGGUGCAGCAGUUAAAGGCACUUGAAACUCGACAGGAGGCUCAGCGGGACGAGCUCAUUGUGAGGCGCCUGACCCGACACUCUAAACUGGAGCAGCGGUUAAUUUCUCAGCUGAUGCAGGUCCACCGGCAGAAGCAGGUGAUACAGGAUCACAGUGAAUAUGGAGAGCAGCAGCGUCAGCAGAGAAGGGAAAAGGAUGCCCAGGAAGCUCUCCACAGGGAAAUGGUUCUGUCCCAGCAGGCGGAGCUGGCUCGCGAAGAAGAAAUCAGAAAGACGAUUGAAUUCUUUCACAAGAGUGCUGCUGAGCAUGCUCAAAGAAGACAGAAGAAGCACUUUGAUGGCUUUAAGGACCUUUUGUUGCAGAUAGUUGACUUGGCAAUCAACGUGGGGCAAUAUCGUCAGCUCAUUGAAAAUUUGAUUCCAUAUAAGCUGAUGAAAGGGUGGAUGGAAUUAUUCAUCAGAGGUCUACCUCUUUAUCAGCCAGUAAAAGGCAGCCAACAAGAGAUCCAGAGUUCUGCUUCACUGGACUCUGUAGAAGUUAGGAAACAGGAGAUACUCAACAACCUGGACUAUGAUGAAUAUACUAAUAUGUCAGGGGAGUGGGCCUUGGCAACGGAGGCAGAGACGCCAAACUUACCACAAAGUCACACAUACUGUGUUGAGCAUGUUGUCCAGAAGCUCAAGGAGAUUGUUUCUCCACCCGUUGUGGAACCAACCCCACCUUUAUUACCUAACGUCACCUUCAAGGCCUGUGUGCUGGGCAAGUGUUUCUCAGGCAAGACUACCUGCCUAGUCAAGAUCGCUGAAGAACUUGGUAUCUGCAUCCUGUCCGCUGAAACUCUGAUCGAAGAGGCACUGAAGGCUUACAAAUCUGAAGAGGUAAAUAAGUUAUAGUUUAGUUUUUACUGUAAAACAUGAAUUUAUACACAUAUGUACGUUUUAACAAUUUUAUCCGUGUGUCUGAUAUAGCUGUGUAAAAGCUCCAUUACAGAUGCGCUGUUAGUAGACGUUAUGGUACGAGCAGUCAGUCAGCUUCCAGCCCAGUCAGAUUGGAUCUUGGAUGGCUUUCCGUAUAACAUCGUCCAGGCUGAUCUACUGGAGAAAGCCCUCGGAGGGUCUGUAGAUGAAGAGGAUGAAACAGCGGACCUCGCUGAAGAUCCAGAUCCACUCGAACGUCCGCCGUGCCCUGCACCGAUUCUGGACUUGGCUCUCCUGCUGGAUGUCUCUGAUGAGUGUGCGGUCAGACGAGCACACAGCCAUGGUGGUAUGUCGUGAACGCAUGCACACACUGACUGUGUGCGCAUGGGUACGUUUUGUGUUUACGAGACCCUUCUUCCUUCAGAUGCUACAAUCUCCCAACCCACAGAGAAGAUUUUGUAUCUCUCUGACAUUCAAAGCAGAAUUGCAGCUUUCCACGAAGCCUGGCCAGAGCUGGAGAGAUGGUUUGGUGAAAAGCAAAACAUUUUGCUCCGUGUCGGUGGAGAUGAAGGGGACCUUUACAGCGUGGUGAAGUCCGUCCUGGAACAAGCAAUCCAAAAAAAGCGUGAAGUGUGCUUCGAGUCCACUCAGGGGGUCCUCCAGAACCAGUCAGAGUCUACCUGUUCAACCCCAGCUUCACUUUUUCAGCCCAACGCGGAGAACCCUAUUCCUUUGGAGACGGCAGCAUCCCUGUACUCAUUCUGGGACGAUGAAUGCAAGUCUUAUGAGAAAAAUAUAAAACAAGUAUUGAAAGAUCUGCGCUCACAACUCAUCAAUAUUGAUCAGGAAACUUUCAUUACGAGAAGAUACAAACAUCACUUUGGCUGCUCUGAGUUAAAGCAGGAGUUGGUCAAUCUGCCGCAGACGGACUUCGCAAGCAUACACGAUGACAUAAGAGGUGGCGAGGAUACCAAAGCAGAGGAACAUCUGAGACUGGAUCUACAGGCAAUUGACCAUGAAUAUGAAAAUGAGCCAAAGAGCAUUAAAGUCAGCAGUAAGAACUGGCUGGAGUUCCACACCACCCUCCUCAUUACCUACCACUCGGAAAUGAUGCAGGUGGAGCUGAACCAUUUCUGGGAAACAGUCUCCUUUCUAAGAGUCUACUAUUGGAGCAAGCCUAGACUUGAGCCACUUAAGGCUACGUUCAAAAGUAACUUCCUGCUAGAAACUUCUGAAAAGAGCAAUCAUCCUUGUGGGUACUCCCACGGAAGCCAUAAGGCCUCCAUAGCAGAUCCUGUCGAGCCAUCAUGUGAGGAGCUCUUCUCAGUCUAUAACAUGGUCGUAGAGGAGAUCAGUAGACUGGUGUUAGAAGAAAACCAGCAGAGGGAGACAAUCAACCAGAAGGAGAAAAAGACCAAUAAAAAGGAGUCAGCAAAUGCAAACCAGGCUAAAAAAGGAAAAAGGUCUGCCAUCAUGCAGACAGCCAGAAGAGAAGAGGACUCCAGGAUGAAACAUGAUGAAGAAGUGGUUGACAAAAUCCAUAAAAAAUAUGUAAAUGCACUGAGUCAGGAGGAGAAAGCAGCAAAGAUGCGCAUCAAGCUGGUGGCUGACCAUGGUGUGGUAAUGAUACGGUUUCUGCAACACAGACAACAGGAGACCCUCAGUAACGUAGAGAAGUUGUUUCAGCCCAGCCGUCCAUCACAAAGUACUGACCAACUAGACGAAGUUGUUUUUGACAUCAUGGAGGCUGGAGCUAAGAAGCAGCAUGAGCCGUUGAUGCAUAGACUAGAGGAGGCCACGGAGCUCACCGUCUCAGAACUCUCCGGAGGCAACACAGGAGGAGACACUCUGCUCACAUCAAGCAGCGUCUUCACGGAUCAGGAAGCAUCCGUUUCUGCUCCGUCACAAAGAUGAAGGACAGAAUUAUGUUAUCCAAACAACUGCCUGGGCCAAGAGACUACACACGGGUUUUAGCCUUUGGAACAGUAAACACUAGUUGGAAAAAUAAAAAACGCUUUGAAAAACGUGUU